AUGAAGAGAGAAAGAUAUAGAAAGAAUGUAACAAUAAAAAGAGAAAUCCUCGAAAAAAAAAAUAAAAUUUGUCAAAGCUUUGUAAAUCUCGAAAGCAGAAAUUUUUCGGAUUGUUUUCAAGAAUAAACCAGAAGCUUUAGUUGUUAUGGUAAUGAAUUUGGAUAGUUGAACAAAUUCUAGAUUAGAUUCAAAAAUAUUUUGCCUGAUUACAAAACCAAACAAUCUAUUCAUGAGUAUGAAAUGAACGAGAAAAAGAGAAGACAAACACAAAAUACAGAGAAUGUGGAUAUUCUCAAAUUUUAUAGAGGAAUUUAUGAUAUCAAUAAAAGCAAAACUCUCAUCAAAACACUUAAAAUGCUCAAGACUUCUAAAUAAGAUUUUAAUGGAGUCUCUAAGUAAAUCAAGUAGCCACACAAGGAUAUAAAUAAAAAGAGAAAAAGAAGAAGUAGUUGUUAUUGUACAUUAAGCGGCAAAAUGAGUGAAAAAUAAAUCAAAUAUCAACAUGAUCCAUAUUUCGACAAAUUUAAUAUGUUUUAACAAUAAAGAAAACUUUCAAUCUGUUUAUCAAAUAGAAAAAGGUAUUAAGAUAAACUAAAAUCUCAAAUUUAAUAAGAAAACAUCAAAAUAUCAUACAUUAGUUAAAAUAAGUCGCCCAUCAACAAAUAUAAAUGUGUCUCGAGAACUACGAAAUUGAUUCUAGAGCAAACUCAAACCAAGAUAUUGCAAUAAGGGUAAAGAUAUUCGGCGUUACCAUCUUAAAGAUUUAAAACUGAACCAGCAUAUUCGUCACCUCGAUCUAUUAAAUUGUAUCCAAUAUAACUCAACAAAUUAAGAUUGGGUUAAUCAACAUUUAGAUCAAGUCAUCUAAAAGAGAGUUUCAAAACAUUAGCCACCAUUUAUAGAUGA